AUGAAUUCCGUCACUAUGGCUGCUGUUGCCCGCUCAAGGGACUGCAUCGGCAGUUCAAAUGCCAGUCAAUCGCUCUCUAUGAUUCUUAACUCUCGUUCAUCUUCGCGCUCCUCGUCGCGCCCCGGCGUGCCUCGCCGACCUGCAAAAUUCCUCGGGCCGCUUUACCAUGGCCUCUUAAUUAUAAUGCUUAUUCUUUGUUUCUCGCCAAUAUCGACACUGGCGCAAACAACAACCGGCAUAUCAGAUUUUACCCCGGAUGGCCCCCGAUCGGCAUUGGGGCAUAGUGGAGAGAUCCACGUAGUCGAUCGUGCCGAAGGAUUGUCGACACACCAGCCCCGAGACAACUCACAAACCGGUGAAGAUGAUUGUGACGGGUUAGUGGAAUCCCAAGGUUUUGAUCUCAAGGGUGGCUCCUUGCUUCAACGAAGCAUUGCGACUGCCGUCAACUCGACCUCUAGCGAGCUGCCCUCCGCGUUCGACACCCUUUCCAAUAACUUCGCCAACGCUACCUGCGUCGCCUUCUUUAAUAACUUCCGCUCUAACUCGUCAUUCACCGACUGCCAUGCAGUAUCGCUUCUUCUCAGCAACUCAAACUCGUUCUUCCAUACGUUGACCUCCGCCGUGUCCACCUCUCAUGUGCUCGACGUUGCAUGCUCGCAAUCGGUCGACAAGUGUUCAUCGGUCAUGAAGUUAUUAGCCAAAGAAAUGCUUCAAGAUGACAAUUGUGGCCAGGAUUAUGAGUCGAACAACGGACUUGUUCAGAGCGUAUAUAAGGAGUUCAUGGCAUAUGAACCCAUGUACCGCGCCUCCUGUCUGACCAACCCGGACACCAAGGACUAUUGCUUUGUCGACGCUGCUACCAAUACGUCGGCCCCGAAUGAUUACAAUGUUUAUUUCAUCCCCAUUGGUAGCACUUUGAGUUCGUCGGGAAAUCUCACCUGCAACGAAUGCUUGCAGGCCACUAUGAAAAUCUUCGCCCAUUGGGCCACCGUCGAUGACCAGUCUCUCGACACCACUUACCUACCGUCUGCUAAAGCUGUCAAUGGUCAAUGUGGCUCCAAUUUCGCCACCACCAAUGUCACUGUUGGCUCUACCAAGGUGACUACCGGUGCAGGACAGUCGAUGCAACUACCGGAUUUCCGGCUCAUUGCUUCAAUAUCUGUCAUCGUCCUCGGGACCACGAUCGCGGGAUUAUUUUGA